AUGCGUUACAUUACCUCGCUACUUCCCGUCCUUGCGACUUUGCUCACGCUCGGGGCCUCCUCUAUGCAACUCUGCGGUCCUUGCAAAGCAGUCGGACCGAACGAUCUUAACGGAGGCUUGAUUCCAGCCAGUAGGAAGCUACAUGUGUGGGAUCACAUGCACGGAGGCAGAAGUCAUCGGCGUGGUGGAGAAGUGCUGUGUAUGUUGAGCUCCCUGGGCAGUCUCAUGAGGAUGUUGUGCUGA